CGGGAGGUCGCUGCGUCCGAUGCCGCGCUGCGGCGCCCCCUGCUGGUGAGGCUGUCUAAAUGCCUCUCCGCCAAUGGGAGUUGGCAGGGCGGUCAGCGCGCAGCGCUCUGCACGCGGAUUGGCCGCUGCCCGCGGCAGUGGGCGGGGCGUUAGCCUUAGCGGUGGGUGCGGGUGCGCGGUAGCGGGAGCGGCCAUGACGGCGCACAGCUUCGCGCUGCCCCUCGUCCUCUUCUCCGCCUUCUGGGGCCUGGUGGGCAUCGCCGCCCCCUGGUUCGUGCCCAAGGGGCCCAACCGCGGGGUGAUCAUCACGAUGCUGGUCACCACGGCCGUGUGCUGCUACCUCUUCUGGCUUAUCACUAUCCUGGCCCAGGCCAACCCCCUUUUUGGGCCGCAGUUGAAGAACGAGACCAUCUGGUACGUGCGCUUCCUCUGGGAGUGAUCCCCGACAGCAGCCAUAGAGACCCCACCAUCACCCUCUUGCUGCUCCAGCAUCUUCCAUACCAGGCAGUACCCAGAGGUGCUGGGCCAGAGGCUGGAGCCUCUGCCCCAGUGUGCUCCGAGCACUGCAGCCUAGUGCUGGCCAGGCCCCUGCUGUUGGCAGGCAGCAUCCAUGCUGUGACGAGGGCCCCAGGGCACCCUGCAUGUGGUCAGUCAGUCCCUACUUGGCCAGGGGUGGUCCUUGCUAAGGCAGGGUCUAGCUGUGGCUGAAGAAAGGGAAGGCUGAGCCUGCUGGAGGAAACAGACUGCUGUGGAUGUGAGGGAGGUGCUGGGAUCCUGGGGAUGGGCUCCUAGUCAGCAGUGUGCUCAGCCUGGGGCUCUCAUCUCCCAACUCUGCAGUGCAGGUGCUGCAGUAUUACGUAGGUACCACCAUUCUUCUCCUCUGCCCACAUUCUGUGAACUGAAUAUUGAGUUGUCUUUGGUCUGCCCCUUAUUUAUCAGAUAACUCAUUGGUAUUAUUCAUUUAUUUAUUUAUUUGUAUUUGUCUGUGUUUGCUGAACUUGUGUUGUGGAAAUAAAUCUCUUCUUUUUCCUAGUAA